GGCGGCGGGGCCGUGGCGGCCGCGAUCCCCUCCCGGCUCCCGGAACUCUCCCGGCGCCGGCCAUGGUGCGGAUCGUGACCGUGCAGACCAAGCCCUACGGCGACCAGAAGCCGGGCACCAGCGGGCUGCGCAAGAGGGUGACGGUGUUCCAGAGCAAUGCCAACUACACCGAGAACUUCAUCCAGAGCAUUCUGGCCACCGUGCCGCCCGCCGAGCGCCAGGACGCCACGCUCGUGGUUGGAGGCGACGGCCGCUUCUACAUGAGAGACGCCAUCCAGCUCAUCGUCCGCAUCGCCGCCGCCAACGGGAUCGGGCGCCUGGUGAUCGGGCAGAACGGGAUCCUGUCCACGCCGGCCGUGUCCUGCCUCAUCCGCAAGAUCAAAGCCAUCGGGGGCAUCAUCCUCACGGCCAGCCACAACCCCGGCGGGCCCAGCGGCGACUUCGGCAUCAAAUUCAACAUUGCCAACGGAGGUCCUGCUCCUGAAGCCAUCACGGAUAAAAUUUUCCAAAUCAGCAAGAAAAUUGAGGAAUAUGCAAUCUGCCCAGAUCUCCAGGUGGACUUGGGCACCAUUGGCAAGCAGCAGUUUGACUUGGAGAACAAAUUUAAGCCAUUUACAGUGGAAAUUGUGGACUCUGUGGAAGCCUAUGCCAGCAUGCUGAGGAAUAUCUUUGACUUCAGUGCCUUGAAGGAGCUGCUCUCAGGGAAGAACCAGCUCAAGAUUCGCAUCGAUGCCAUGCACGGGGUUGUGGGCCCUUAUGUGAAGAAGAUCCUGUGUGAGGAGCUGGGAGCCCCAGCAAAUUCAGCUGUGAACUGCACCCCCCUGGAGGACUUUGGGGGCCACCACCCUGACCCCAACCUGACCUAUGCUGCUGACCUGGUGCAGACCAUGAAGACGGGAGAGUACGACUUUGGAGCUGCCUUUGAUGGAGAUGGGGACCGGAACAUGAUUUUGGGCAAGCACGGCUUCUUCGUCAACCCCUCCGACUCGGUGGCCGUCAUCGCCGCCAACAUCUUCAGCAUCCCCUACUUCCAGCAGACCGGGGUGCGCGGCCUGGCCCGCAGCAUGCCCACCAGCGGGGCCCUGGACAGGGUGGCCCAGGCCACAAAGAUUGCUCUGUACGAGACUCCAACGGGCUGGAAGUUCUUUGGAAACUUGAUGGAUGCAAACAAACUGUCUCUGUGUGGAGAGGAAAGCUUUGGGACUGGCUCCGACCACAUCCGAGAGAAGGACGGGCUGUGGGCAGUGCUGGCCUGGCUCUCCAUCCUGGCCGCCCGCAAGCAGAGCGUGGAGGACAUCAUGAAGGACCACUGGCAGAAGUAUGGCAGGAACUUCUUCACCAGGUAUGACUAUGAGGAGGUGGAUGCAGAUGCUGCCAACAAAAUGAUGAAGGAUUUGGAGGCGGUGAUGUUUGACCGCUCCUUCGUGGGGAAGCAGCUGUCGAGUGGGGACAAAGUCUACACGGUGGAGAAAGCUGACAACUUCGAGUACAACGACCCCGUGGAUGGCAGCGUCUCCAGGAACCAGGGCCUGCGGCUCAUCUUCUCCGACGGCUCCCGCAUCAUCUUCCGGCUGAGCGGCACCGGCAGCGCCGGGGCCACCGUGCGCCUCUACAUCGACAGCUACGAGAAGGAUGCUCAGAAGAUCAACCAAGACCCACAGGUGAUGCUGGCACCUCUCAUUUCCAUUGCACUGAAACUUUCCCAGCUCCACGAGAGAACCGGCCGCUCCGGGCCCACCGUCAUCACAUAGAGCUCUGGGGCAGGCAGCCCAGCCCUUCCCCUGGCAAACUGCCACUAAAAGAGGAAUAUUGAUUUUAUCCCUGUAUUUAAGAACACUGUUUUGCUGCUAAGGAUAGCCAAUAAACCCCAGCCCUCAGCA